AAAGAGGAGCAGCAAUUACAGUUGGAAGUCUUCUUCGUCCUCUCUCUCUAUUAUUUUUCGCAUUGCAUUUAUUAUCAACUCAUCCUCCUCCUAAUUUCAUCUACUACUUACUACUCUCUCUCUACUAAAGACAAAAACUUUAUACAGAAGAAGAAGAGAAAAGAAAAACCCCUUUUCACUCCAAUUCACAUCAAUCUUCUUUAUUCCAGUUGAAUAAAUUACAAAUUGCACAAUGUCACUUAGCUUCACCUCAUCAUUUUCUUCUUCUUGAGGAAUAAUGGGAAAUCGCUUCAUUUGCAUGACCAAGAAGGAUGCCGGAGACAAUCAGGGAUCCAGAAGCAAACGAUUGGGUAGGUCGCAGCGAAAGCUGUUGGCUGAUGAAGACUUACUCCACAGGCAAGCUCUCUCUAUGGCUCUUCAUCAGCAUCAAUUGUCUCAGAGAUUUGAAGGAUCCAUGUCUAGACGGAUUGGCUCCACCACCUCCCGUAAACGCAACCUUUCUGACCCUUUCUCUAAUGGAAAACAGGUACCUGACUUUGCGGAAAAUAUCAAGUUUAAAAAGUUUAUUCUCGUUCAUGGAGAAGGCUUUGGAGCAUGGUGUUGGUAUAAAACAGUUGCUCUGUUGGAAGAAGCUGGAUUGCUUCCCACUGCCUUAGAUCUAACAGGAUCUGGCAUUCAUCUCACGGAUACUAAUUCCGUUACUACGUUGGCAGACUACUCUCAACCUUUGAUUAAUUAUUUGGAAAAUCUUCCUGAGGACGAAAAGGUUAUAUUGGUCGGUCAUAGUACUGGGGGUGCAUGCAUUUCUCUUGCACUGGAACAUUUCCCACAGAAGAUCUCUAAAGCUAUUUUUUUAUGUGCUACUAUGGUGUCCGAUGGUCAAAGGCCUUUUGAUGUUUUUGCUGAAGAGCUUGGAUCUGCUGAACGUUUCAUGCAAGAAUCAGAGUUUUUGAUAUAUGGGAACGGUAAAGACAAGGCUCCGACAGGAUUUAUGUUUGAGAAACAGCAAAUGAAAGGUUUAUAUUUCAAUCAAUCAACAACAAAGGAUGUUGCUUUGGCCAUGGUUUGUAUGAGACCCAUCCCUUUGGGUCCUGUGAUGGAGAAGUUGUCAUUAUCCCCUGAAAAAUAUGGAACUGGUAGGCGGUUCUUCAUCCAAACGUUGGAUGAUCAUGCUCUUUCACCGGAUGUCCAAGAAAAAUUAGUGCGGGAAAAUCCACCAGAAGGAGUCUUCAAGAUUAAAGGAAGUGAUCACUGCCCGUUCUUUUCUAAACCACAAUCGCUGCACAAAAUAUUGCUGGAAAUUGCCCAAAUUCCCUAAAUUUUAAAUUUUGGAACAAAAACUCUGCAUUGUCUUUCUCACAAGGCAACAGGUAUGACAUACAUAGCUUUUACAAUGUGAUAAACCACUAUUGUAUAACACUGUACCAUUUCCAAUAGUUUUUUUUCUUAUAUUUAAGUGUGGGUAUAGAUGGAGAACCGCUAUCAGGAUAUGAUGGGUUUGAUGUACCGAAGAAAAAAAAAAAGAUUAAUGUGGUUGAGGAGAUUGUACCUCAUUGUACGAUAUGCUACUAAUUUUGUCAAUUGAGCAGAUAUAAGCGCACUUGACGAAUUGCUUUAUUGAUUUUAGUGGUAAAAUGUGGAGGUGGGUUUUAUAUGAA